AUGAAGUUGGAAUACCCUGGUGAGUUUUCACUGGGUCUACAAAUCGGUGCCCAAGAGAUCGCAGACCUCCAGGAGGCGGAGAUACUGUUUGGCCUGGGCUUGGAGAACCGCGUCUGGAAGGUGGCCAACGUUUUCGGAGGGAGGACAGUGAUGACCCGCUUUUCGGGCGACAGUUUCGGUCAGUCUAUGUUUGACUACUGUAUGGCACAUAUGGUUAUGACUGAACGCAAGUUCUUCAACGACUACGAGAAUACAAAACUCAAGAAACUAUGAUAUUCGACUGCAUUGGAGGACAUACUCCCGGAAUGUGAUUAUGUGAUAAGUGUAUUGCCCUCAACACCCCAUACAAUAGGUCUCCUCAACAACAAUGCGCUCCAACUCUGCUCUCAAAAGAAGCCGGUAUUCAUAAACAUCGGAAGGGGUUCCGUAAUAUCGGAAAACGAAAUAAUCAAUGCCUUGAAUAAUGAAUGGAUUUCGGGGGCUAUACUCGAUGUGUUUGAAAAGGAGCCGUUGCCUCAAACCAGUCCUCUUUGGUCGCAUCCAAACGUAUUGAUUACUCCACACAACGCAGCUGUGAGUCGACCCAAAGACUGCGUUAAACUCGAGCGACUACUGAUGAGAGAGAGUUGUAGUGAUGUAGUGGUGAGAGAGCUGUUAGAACACAAGGAUUGCGGGCAUAAGGAAGGCAUGGAUAGGGAGAAAGUGAUCCUAAAUAUUAUCUCCGCUCAGAGGGGAAUGACUGGUGAAAGGUAUUACUGGUUUGCCUCAGAAGGUAUGGGUGGGGCUUAG